AUGCUGUGCCUGCUGCUGACCGUGCUCGCCCACCUCUUCCCGGCGGCCUGCGCCGGCGUGCACGAGCGCACCUUCCUGGCCGUGAAACCCGACGGCGUGCAGCGGCGGCUCGUGGGCGAGAUCGUGCGGCGCUUUGAGCGCAAGGGCUUCAAGCUGGUGGCGCUGAAGCUGGUGCAGGCCUCGGACGAGCUGCUGCGCGAGCACUACGCCGAGCUGCGCGAGCGCCCCUUCUAUGGCCGGCUGGUGGACUACAUGGGCUCGGGACCGGUGGUGGCCAUGGUGUGGCAGGGGCUGGACGUGGUGCGCGCCUCGCGGGCGCUCAUCGGGGCCACCGACCCGGCCGACGCCGCGCCCGGCACCAUCCGCGGGGACUUCUGCGUCGAGGUUGGCAAGAACGUGAUCCACGGCAGCGACUCGGUGGAGAGCGCCCGCCGCGAAAUCGCGCUCUGGUUCCGCCGCGACGAGCUGCUGUGCUGGGAGGACAGCGCCGGGCACUGGCUCUACGAGUAGACGCCCGGCCCCGCGGGCCCCUCCAGUUUGCGGCCCGUCCUGGCCCGCAGCGUGGGCCAGCAUUUCUUGAGACAAUAAAGUGAAGCAAAUCCUUAACGCUCCCGCUGGUCUGGGCCCAGGGACACAGGGCUACGAUAUUAAGACAUUUAUUACAUACAGAGCAAAUACGUGGGUUCGCUUGCAGGGCCAAAGCCUGAGGAGAAUCACCACCCAGCCCCUUCCCCCAGCUGCACCCACCCAGCUAGCCCCCGAGUCACUUCACGGCCCCGUGGGAACAGAAGGGACUGGACGUACAUCACAGUGGAGAGUGGCAGGGUGGUGGGGAGAAGCCUGCAGCUGCACGUGAUGGUGGCCGGCUGGGCUCGUGGGGUGGCUGCCCAAGGUCUGUGCUUCUCUGGUGGGAGGUGGGUGGGCAGCAGGGCCUCUGGAGCAGGAGUAAGGCCUGGACCUGGGCAGGUCAGGGAGGUGGCAGUCCAGGGCAGCACCCCUCAAAGCCGGCGGGCAUCCAUGUUUAAAGCCAGCCGGAGGCAGCUUCUGCCGCGAGCCCUCGCAGGCUCAUCUUCAGGUUGCCCUCAGGGGAGCAGGCCACGCUGCCAGCCCUAGGCACUUCAUAGUGUGUCUUGGGAACGGGGUUCCUUGGAGACUGUGCAGGAGGCAGGCCCCGGACCACGUGUCCCCCUGUCACCGAGGCUGAGCCUGUGUCCUAG